AUGGCGGCCACGGCGCUUCCCCCGCUGCCGCCGCAGUUCAAGAGCAUCCAGCACCAUCUGCGAACCGCGCAGGAGCUGGACAGGCGGGAGCCGGUGGUGGCGUACUACUGUCGUUUGUACGCAAUGCAAACAGGGAUGAAAAUUGAUAGUAAAACCCCAGAAUGCCGUAAAUUUUUAUCCAAACUUAUGGAUCAGUUGGAAGCUAUGAAAAAGCAAUUUGGUGAUAAUGAAGCAAUUACUCAGGAAAUUGUUGGUUCUGCUCAUGUGGAGAAUUACGCUUUGAAAAUGUUUUUGUAUGCAGACAAUGAAGACAGAUCUGGACAAUUUCAUAAAAACAUGAUAAAGUCCUUUUAUACUGCAAGUCUCCUGAUAGAUGUUCUAACAGUAUUUGGGGAGCUCUCUGAAGAGAACAUCCAGCACAGGAAGUAUGCCAGGUGGAAGGCAGCAUAUAUUCAUAACUGCUUGAAGAAUGGAGAGACACCUCAGCCUGGGCCUAUCGGGAUGGAAGGGGAGAGCUUCGAUGCUGAAAGGGAAGAAGCAGGGUCUUCUUCUCUCCAUAGUGGAACAACUCAACCAACAUCAUCAUCUACUUUUGAAGCUAACAACAUACCAACUAGUAAUUAUACUGGUAUACAUAUACCACCAGGUGCCCAUGCGCCAGCUAACACACCAGCUGAAGUACCUCAUAACACAGGAGUGACAAGUAACACCAUUCAGCCUGCUCCUCAGAAUAUUCCUCUAGUCGAUCCUUCCCUUUACAGUGCUCAGUCUGCAGGGGAAGUCCGUUUGACUCCAGAGGACUUUGCCAGAGCUCAAAAAUAUUGCAAAUAUGCUGGCAGUGCUUUGCAGUAUGAAGAUGUGAGCACUGCUGUGCAGAAUCUCCAGAAGGCCCUCAAGUUACUGAUUACAGGCAGAGAAUGAAGCCUUUAUCCAACA